AUGAACAAACAGCAAAAUGAUAUUGAAAUAAGUAAAAGAUUAUCAUACCUUCUUCGACAUGGAGCAAUUAAAGAAAGAAUUCCAAUUACAAAAGAUGGAUGGGUAUUAAUUAAAGAUUUAUUAAAUAAUCGACAAAUGAAAGGAAUUAGUGAAGAAGAAAUAAAAAGUAUUGUAGCAAAAGAUCCAAAAAAAAGAUAUUCAAUUCAAGGAGAAGGAAAUCAAAUAAAAAUUCGAGCUAAUCAAGGACAUUCAAUAAAUGUUCAAGUAGAAAUGAAAGAAAUUACAGAUGCAUCAUUAUAUCCUAUUGUAAUUCAUGGAACAUAUAUGAGAAAUUUCAAUUCAAUAAUCAAAAAUGGAUUACAAAAAAUGGGAAGACUUCACAUUCAUAUGGCACAAGGACUUCCAAAAGAAAUAAAAGAAGAAAAAAGUGGAAUGAGAAGUUCAUGUAAUAUAAUAAUUUAUAUUGAUAUUGAAAAAGCAAUGAAAAAAGGAAUAAAAUUUUAUGAAAGUGAAAAUGGAGUUAUUUUAAGUGAAGGACCUAUUGAUAUAAGUUGUUUUAAAGAAAUAAGAAGAUAUCCAUCAUUAACAAAAAUUUCAUUUAACUGA